AUGAGAGGGUAUCUUUGGAAUGGAAAUUAUAAACUGACAUCUCACUUUCAAAAACAUUAUUGUGCCAGAUGGAAAUCAAGUGAACACAAGAGUAAAAGAUACUCAAAAACACUUAUUUUACCAAAGUCCAAAUUCAAUUCUACUCUGAGAGAUGGAGCAGCAAUUAAAAGAGAAUUAAAUAUUCAGAAGGCAUGCAGCUUCAAUAAAUUAUAUUCAUGGCAAAGACAAACAGAUCGCAACAAAGAGUUUGUUUUACAUGAUGGACCACCUUAUGCAAAUGGAGCAACCCAUGUGGGUCAUGCAAUUAACAAGAUUCUAAAAGAUGUUACAAAUCGCUACAAGUUAUUGAGGGGUUACAAGAUUCACUAUGUGCCUGGCUGGGAUUGUCAUGGUCUUCCUAUAGAAAUGAAAGCUUUAAAAGAUGGAAAAAUAGAUGAAAGGACAUUAAAGCCCUUGGAUAUUAGGAAUAGAGCACUUAAAUUUGCCAAGAAGGCUAUAGAAGUACAGCGUAAAUCAUUUCAGCAAUGGGGAGUGAUGGCUGAUUGGAGUGAAGGAUAUUUAACCACUGAUUUUUCGUAUGAAGCAAAUCAGUUAGAAGUAUUUUUUAAGAUAUAUGAUAAGGGUUUGGUAUAUAGAGAAUUUUUGCCUGUAUAUUGGUCUCCCUCUUCAAGGACAGCCUUAGCUGAAGCUGAAUUAGAAUAUAAUGAAAAACAUUGCAGUAAAUCAGUUUAUUUAACAUUAGAUGUCACAGAGAUAUCUGACUCUAUCAGAUCAUUAACAGAUAAAAGAAUAAAAGCUGUUAUUUGGACAACAACAGCCUGGACCAUACCAUUUAAUCAACUUGUUUCUUAUCAUAGUAAUAUACAAUAUCAGCUGUUAGAAAAUCAUAAUAAUGGUGAUGUUUAUCUGUGUGAAGAAAGUUUCAGUGUUAAAUUAUCAACUUUACUGGGAUGUCAAUUAAAAGUUAUUUGUUCAUUUUCAGGUGAUAACUUAAAAGGAACAAAGUAUCUCCAGCCUAUAACUAAUGAAGUAUGUCCAUUCUUACAUGGUGAUCAUGUGAGCAGUGGUAAAGGUACAGGAUUAGUUCAUACAGCACCAGCACAUGGCCAUGAUGACUUUGAAAUGGCUCGACAGUAUGAUUUACCUAUUGAAUGUUAUGUAGAUGAAGAAGGAAAAUAUUUGAAAGAAACAGGACCAGAGUUAAAAGGAAAAACAAUAGGAGUUGAUGCAGAAACAACUGUGGUGAAUCUAGUGAAGAAUAAUAUAAUAAAGAUAGAAGAUUAUAUACAUAGUUAUCCAUAUGAUUGGAGAACUAAUAAACCUGUUAUAAUACGAGCUAGUAAACAAUGGUUUGUUAAUAAUAAACUACUCAAAGACCAGGCUCUAGAAUGGAUAGAGAAGAUAGAUGUAAUACCAAGUUUAUUUAAAAAUAAUCUAAGAAAUAACAUAGAAAGUCAGACAUAUUGGUGUAUAUCUAGACAGAGAGUAUGGGGUGUUCCGAUUCCAGUCUUUUAUGAUAACAAAACUGAUCAACCUAUUGUUACACAAGAAAGUAUUAAAUAUAUAUGUGAACUAGUGAGAAAUAAUGGUAGUGAUAUAUGGUGGAAGUUACCAGUAGAACAAUUAGCUCACCAUUCUUUACUAGAUAAGUUUGGCAGUGAAUUAAUAAAAGGUACAGAUAUAUUAGAUAUAUGGUUUGAUAGUGGUACAUCUUGGGCUUCUGUUUUAAAAGAUAAUAACUAUGAAGCUGAUGUAUAUUAUGAAGGUAUAGAUCAAUGUAGAGGAUGGUUUUUAACAUCAUUAUUAACAAGUAUAGCUGUAAAUAGUAAACCACCAUACAAGAAGGUGAUGAUACAUGGUUUUGCAACUGAUGAAGCAGGUAAAAAAAUGUCAAAAUCCAUUGGAAAUGUUGUAGAUCCAGAAAUAGUGGUACAUGGUGGAAAGGAUAAGAAUGAAAAUCCGUCCUAUGGUGUGGAUAUUCUUAGAUGGUGGGCAGCUCAAUCUCAAGCUAAAACUAAUAUAAUGAUAGGAAAGAAUAUAUUAAAUAGAAUAACUAAUGAAUGUGUAUUCCCUGUGCGCAAAUGUUUUGGAUUUUUAUUAAGAAAUUUAUCUACAUUUGAUCCUUCAACACAAUGUAUAGAAUAUUCCUUAUUAUUACCACAAGAUCAGUAUAUGUUACUACAGUUGUAUCAAUAUGGUCAAAAUAUUACAAGAUAUUAUGAAGAAAGUGAAUUCAAUAAAGUCUUACUGGAAACCAUCAAAUUUGUAAAUGUACAUUUUUCAUUUUAUUCAAGCAUUAUCAAAGAUAGAUGUUAUUGUGAAGAGAAAUCUAGUAUUAAAAGACUAUCCAGUUUAACAGUACAGUACUAUAUGGCUGAUAUAUUAAUUAGAUCACUAGCUCCUAUUGUACCUCAUUUAGCUGAAGAGAUUUAUCAACAUCUACCUAAACAUUCACCUGCUGAAAGUAGUAUAUUUAAAACAAGUUGGUUUGAAUUACAUGAUGAAUGGAAUAAUACAAGUUUACAGAAUAUUAUUAAACCUGUAUUUGAUAUACAGAGUGAUGUACAGAGUGUUCUGGUAACAGAAGAUUCUAUGGAAUACGAUGUAGUUAUUUAUGCUAGUCAUUCCUUGUUUGAAAUAUUGAAGUUAUUUCAACCAGAUGAAGUUACAUCCAGUUCUUCACCAUUAAAUGAAAUGUUACAUACAUCACAUACUAGUUUACUAUCAGAACCACCUGCUAUUAUACCUGAUGAUUCUCAACUAGUAGACGGUCUUUCUACUGUUCUUCAAAAUGGUAUGAAAGUUCCUCAGCAUUUUAAAAUAAUUAUUAUGCCAGCUAUGAAGAAUAUUUGUGAGAGAUGUAGAAGAUAUACAGCUGAUCAUAGUUCUACACCAUGUGAGAGGUGUCUCACUGUUCUCGCUCAUGACUGGGCUGAGUGAUCUGAUCUUAUUUGAGUUUAUAAUUUUUAAAUUGAAUUGUUUCCAGUGUUAUAGAAGGCAAGAAUGUUAAAGCAUACUUUCUGUUUCCAAGUCCAAAACCAUCAUUCUUUAAAGGUUGUUUUUUCGGAUAGGAACAAGUCUUUUUAUUUUGCUUUGUGUUUCUAAGAUGUUAUUUAAACAUUAUGUGCCUAUAGAAAAGUUUAGUAAUUGUUAUGUUUUGUUGUGUGAGUUAUGUUUGUUAAAGAGAAUAUUUUUAUAUACAUGUUGUAAAGUGAGUGAGUUUGAAAAAGUAUUAAUCAUAUAUUAUUUUGUUUGGCUAACUGAUAAAUAAAAAUACAUGUUUUAUUAUCAAGUAGAAGCUUAAGUUUAUUUCAUGUUUAAUAAAUAAUAUAACAUUAUAUACAGUUUUAACUUCUCUUUCUAAACUGUUUCAAUUAUCAGGAUAAAAAACUCUCAUUAUACAACUACAUAAUCAUUUCUUUAUCAUAAUAAUACAAGGGGAUUUGGAUAUGCUUUUUUUUUUCAUACAUGGUCAUUUAAUCACUGGCUUCAGUAUUCAGUAUAACAUUCUACACAGUACCCAGUAGAGAUGUCAGAUCACAGAGUACACUAUAUAGCAUGUACACUAACACAAGCAUGCAUUUCACAUUCAAUUUACAAUAAUAUACAGACAUCAUUGGCAGCAUAUCAUUGACCAUUAUGUACUGCAAGGUUUUUCACAUUGCAUUUACCCCCAUAAAGUUUGGGCAGGAUUACUCUUGUGCUCUAAUUUGGGCUUGCCUUCUUUUUUGUGCAAGCAUCAAUGCAGAAUUGUUUGUCUCUUUACAACACCUAAAUUGAAAGACUAAAUAUGAAAGAAAAACAUUAAGGCAAAAUUUGCAAAAAUUAAUAUACAAAACAUCAUCAAAAGGAUUUGCCAACUGACCUAAUUCUAUAUUACAGAAGGUUUAAACUUCAAUCUUCAGCAAAAUAUCAGUAAUAUAAUGAAAAAAACCUUAGAUGAAAAUACGAUUGGCUUAAAAAUGGAUUUCUACUUCCCGAAACUUUUGCACUAAAAUAUACAGUAAUUAGACAUUUCAAUGUUUUAAAUUUCUUACAUCCAAAAGUCUAUAAACACAUAAAAUCAUAUGUACUGAAAUAAUUUAUAAGGCUUGAUUCACAUUCUAAUGUAUAUCUUAAAAUAACAGGAUAUAACAUGAUACACCAAAUAUUCUAUAAAAACAACCAAAUUAAAACUAAUUAACUAUUUCAUAUUAACAAAGAAACAAAAUAUAUUUAAAAUGGGAAUGAAUCAUAUUACAUACAACAAAUUAAAGCAUUAAAUGGUAGAAAGACUCAUAUAUUUAUCAACAUUAUCAUAAUUGUUACAUUUUGCUAUUAAACUUUGAAUUUCCUAUUGCACAAACAGGUUAUUAAUGUUUUUCUUAAUUCAAAUAGAUAAUUACACAAACUUUGACUUGGUAUUAGAUGCAUUAAUGAGGACUAGUUUUAUAAUAAUAUAUAUCACAUCAAGAGAUCUAUUUAGAAUAUCAAUAUUUAAUUAAUAAUUUUAAUAUAUAUAAGACAAGCAAAUAGAAUUAUAUGAAGGAGUAUUUAAAUCAUAUUACAUUAAAGCCUAGUUUAAUAUAUCAAGAAAACAUGCUAAUUAUAAAUGCAGGGCUGUUCACACAUAUUGACAAAAUGAUGUCAUGAUACA